CGCUUCUCCGCGCGGACCGGACCCUGUCGCCUUCCUCCCUCUCUCUUCGGUCUCGUCAUUUCGUCUCGUCAGUCGUUACGCUGCGUUCCUGGUCAGUGCUCGUGGACCUCUUAGCGCGUAAUCUCCGGCUCCCCGUGCGCCGCUCGCGUGCCGCCACUUUCUCUUCCCGCGUCAACAACAGGUGCGACCCGACCGCCGAGCCCGCCGCGCGCUUUGCCAAAAAUCCACCAUGCUCACGUAACCGCGACCCGUCGUCACCGCCCCUGUCCGCGCUUUUUAGCACCUCCGGGUGCAAUCUCCCAGAGUUUCGUCCUUUUUCGGGUGCCUGUGUCGGGGUAUCGAUUUUUGAACCCGUGACUUGUGUAUCGGCUUUGAUUUUUCGGGUUAUCUUCGUGAUUGCUGUCUGUGUCUGUCGAUUGUGAUUUUGUGUGUGUGACUGGGAUCGAGCCAAGGCGGAUUUAGGUGACAAAAAGGACGAUGGCGGCCGAUUACUUCUGGAGGCACGGGGAGUUCUGUGCCUCCCACCCAUGGGAGGUGAUUGUCGCUACCCUUACCUUGACCGCCUGCAUGUUAGCCGUCGACUCGAAACCCGUCCGACCGGCUAACAUCUCCGAGGAAAUGAAUGCCGCGGAUGUCAUCGUGAUGACAUUAAUUAGAGUUGUCGCGGUUCUGUACAGCUACUACCAGUUCAGAAACCUCCAGAAACUUGGCUCAAAAUAUAUUCUAGGUAUCACAGGCCUGUUCACAGUGGUCUCCAGCUUCAUGUUCAGCUCGAGUGUGAUCAACUUCCUCCACGGCGACAUCUCUGACCUAAAGGACGCCCUUUUCUUUUUCUUACUUUUGAUCGAUCUAUCAAAAGCCACCACCUUAGCUCAACUUGCACUAAGCUCCUCUAAUCGAGAAGAGGUUAAGCAAAAUAUUGCACGUGGUGUUUCUCUUCUGGGCCCAACGAUUACGCUGGAUACUCUGGUUGAAACUCUAGUCAUUAGUGUUGGAACUUUAUCAGGAGUCAGAAGGCUAGAAGUUCUGUGUUGUUUUGCCUGCCUGUCAGUAGUUGUACACUAUGCCGUAUUCAUGACGUUUUAUCCUGCUGUUUUGUCUUUAAUAUUGGAGUUACUGAGAUGCGGUCCUGGAAGCAGAAUACCUAGUUCUGAGAAAUCAUUGUUAAUGAAAGCCUUACACUUGGAAGAUCAGAAACAAAACCCAGUUGUUCAACGAGUGAAAGUUAUCAUGUCAGCUGGCUUGGUUGUUGUUCAUGCGCAUAGUCGUUGGUCAUUGCAAGAUGUAAACAGUGAGACUGAUGCGGAAAAAAUCAUGGGAAGUAUAAACAACAGUACUGACCCCUUGGAUGCAGUUCUAUCACAAGAGCAUCUCAUGAAAUGGUUGCUCCCUAGCAUUGACAGUAUUCUAAUUCUCAUACUCAUCCUUGCCUUGACAAUCAAAUUCAAUUUUCAGGAUAGUGAUCCCAUGACCACAGAAUCUUCUCUUUCAGCACCACUUAGCACAAUGUCUCUAGAUGCGGCACUCAUAAAUAAAUUCACACCAAGUUUACUGGGAAGUGAAUAUGCCAGUUCCACAGAUUGGAUAGAAGUCACCUCAGACGAGACAGAUCCCAAGUCAGAACUUUCAGACUCAGCUGUUAGGGAGUUUUUAGAACUACAUCUCAGCGAAAAAAGCAGUCAGACGGAUUAUUGUAUGAAAGAUAGCAUUGGAGUUGUUGAACUUGCCAAUAAAAUUGUGCAGACGGGUACAAACGAUUACAGUGAUGUCGCAGAAUGUCCUACACGGUCAAUUGAAGAAUGCAAGGCAAUCUACCGAGGAACGGCAUCUGCCAGUGAAUUGAGCGAUACAGAGGUCUGCAACCUGGUAAAUGAAGGAGUGAUCCCAGCGUACCAAAUCGAAAAAGCUGUCAAGGAUCCUGAACGAGGUGUUGGUAUCAGGAGGCAAAGCCUUGCCCUCUCGACCAAAAGACCAGAUCUAUUUCAAGACUUACCGUACAAAAAUUAUGAUUACAGCAAAGUUCUUGGCGCCUGCUGUGAAAACAUUGUUGGUGUCAUGCCAGUACCUGUGGGCAUAGCUGGUCCUCUUUUACUGGAUGGAGAAAUGGUCUACGUUCCUCUGGCAACGACAGAAGGAUGCUUGGUUGCAAGCACAAACCGUGGUAGUCGGGCUCUAGCCCAGUGUGGAGUUCGUAGCAGAGUCGUUGCAGAUGGUAUGACCAGAGGCCCUGUAGUACGUUUUCCUUCCAUCACGAAAGCAAGUGAAGCUAUGUCAUGGAUGAUGGAUCCAAUAAAUUUCGAAGGGAUGAAAGCCAGUUUCAACUCCAGCAGCCGUUUUGCCCGUCUCACUAAAAUACAUGUCCGAAUCGCUGGAAGAUAUUUGUUUAUCAGAUUUGUUGCAACAACCGGUGAUGCCAUGGGAAUGAACAUGCUAUCAAAGGGCACGGAAUUCUCACUUAAAUUUGUAAAACAACAGUUUCCAGAGAUGGAAAUUCUCAGCCUCAGCGGUAACUUUUGCUCUGACAAAAAACCUGCUGCUGUCAAUUGGAUUGAGGGUCGAGGAAAAUCAGUUGUCUGUGAAGCCAUUGUACCAGGAUCUGUCGUCACUUCGGUUCUGAAAACGUCUGUGCAUGCUCUGGUCGAUGUUAAUGUUAGCAAAAACUUAAUUGGCUCUGCUAUUGCUGGCAGUAUUGGUGGGUUCAAUGCUCAUGCGGCCAAUAUAGUGACAGCUAUAUUCAUCGCCACAGGCCAGGAUCCUGCGCAGAAUGUAUCAAGUAGUAACUGUAUGACUUUGAUGGAACCUUGGGGAGAAGGUGGUCAAGACUUGUAUGUGUCCUGCACAAUGCCAUCCAUUGAAAUUGGAACCAUCGGCGGUGGCACCGUCCUCUCACCACAAGCUGCCUGUUUACAGCUUCUAAAAGUAAAAGGUCCAAACCUAGAAAAUCCUGGUGAAAAUGCCAGUCGUUUAGCUAGAGUUGUUUGUGGCACAGUCCUGGCAGGAGAGCUAUCCCUCAUGUCCGCUCUGGCAUCCGGACAUCUCGUUCAAAGUCAUCUUACGCACAAUAGAUCAUCUGCUUCACUGAAUAGCCCUUCAAGGAAUGAAGCAGUUUGUAAAACUCUGUCAACGCUGAGGAUAGACAACACAGUUAACGAGGCAAGGAUGUCGUGACACUCAGCAUAAAGGGUCACCUUCCUCUCUGAAACUACAAAAUGACUGACAAUCGUGCCCAAAAUAAAUGGAUAGUUUGACCCUUAUUGUGCGUGCAUUUUCUGUCGCCCAUGUAAUGGCUGUAUCAAACUAGCAUUCUGUUACCUAUGUAAAAAUGUAUGACAUGUGCCGGGCAAAACUUUUUAGAUUAUGUUGUCGCAAAAGAAGAAAAUGUGUGUUUUCAGAAAUCUUAUUAAGGUAACAUACAUAGUAUACUUGUUGUGCUACAUAUUAAAAUAUGUACAACUUAUCAUGUUUAUUAAAACAACAUGAUAGCAAUGCUGUUAGCCUUAAAACUGCAUACAAAAAAACUUUUACCAAAACUAGCUUUAUGAAACGGAAGCAUUGAGUAUUACUGCUGAGUUAUCACCAGUAUGUGUACAAUUUGUACGAAUACACAACGUGCCAUUCAAAUUUUUUGGAAUAUGCUGUCAAUAUGACGAAAAAGGCAUGCAUAAAAGGGUCUCUAGAUUUAAGAAAAAAACCAAAAGAGCAAAGAUUUUUCAAGCAGGGAAUAUGCUUGCAGAGGAAAUGUAACAGGAUAAAUUUCUCCUGCAUUCCCUUGUGGUAGUAUUAUGAUCUUAAUUGCUUCAGAUUAUGAUCGUCUGCAAUAUUGAUCUGCAAUAAGUGUUUUUACUUAAUUCUGUAGUAUUAGGGCAUUUCAUCUUUUUUGCAGCUUUUCAUCCGUCUUUGUUAAAAACUCUCAAAAGUGCAAAGGAUCAAAUCUCCCUUCUUUUUGUUUGUAAAAAUGAACCAAAAUAAGUUAAACAAAACAGAAAUAGCCAAACUUGAAAACUUAGACUUUCCUCACUUAUUUCUUCAUCAUUUCUUUUGGAGGACCCGCGACUGUCGUGUUAUUACUGCUAAAGAGGAAGGAUAAUAGACUCCCCAAAACUACGCACAGAUCAAGAAAUAAGUCAGGAAAGUUUUGAGUUUUGAAAUUCAGUGAUUUCAUUUUUUUUACUCAAUUUGGUACUUUCUUUGUUUUCAGCAUUCCUUAACAAUUAUUUAAAAACGUGUUGUUUUUAAAAUCUUAAAUCAGUGGAAGCUCUUUAAAAAUCUAAGUAUCUUGAUGACGUGAUUUCACCCUGUGUUGUGUAAUUUUUUCCACUGAUAAAUGUGUAGUAAUACCUGCUUAGAUUUUUUGAUGUAUCACGUACAUCCUCAACACUUCUGUACCUCUUUUAAUGCAAUGGAUGUGCUGUAGUUUAGAAGCUAAAGCAACUCCACCCCAAACAUGACAACGCAUUCUUCAUGAGUGGUGGACCACUGUAGGACAUAACUAGAAAUGAUAAGGUAGAAACCCUUUACGGUCUAUUUCCAUGUAAGAUUUAAUGAAUAGUUUAAUUUUAAUGAAUUAAUGAAAAAUUGCCGUACAAAUCGCAUUGCUGAGGCAAAGAGGUAAGAACAGCUUGGGCCACAUCGCAUCUAUUUUGACUCACAGUAGUCCAGCACUUACGAAAUAUCUGCGUUGUUUUGUCAUUAGAGUCUUCAUAGUCAUAUGCAUACCGUCUGAUAAUUCAGAUUUAAAUUACCCUCAUCAAUGAAUCUCAUUAAGUAAUAAGCUCCUCAGUGACAAUUGAAAUGAUUAAUUUAUUCAAUCUUAACUGUAAGAAGUUACCUUUUUUUUUCAUCAUCAUCAUUGAAACUUGUCAGAAAAACUGACGACCAACCUAUCUAAUUUCAGGAAUAAAUAGUUUUCUUUAUUGUUAUUGUUCAAGGUACAUUUUAUUUAUUUCAUUUAUUUAUUAUACAUUUUUCAUGAUCUUAAUUUUAUACAAAUUACUUAGAUAGAGUUCAAAAAUGCAAGAAUUAUUUAUGUUUUGACCGACUAUUGAUGGUCUCAAGUAAUUCAUUAUCACCUAGGGCCGCACUUAUCCACUGACACUUUGCUCUUAAAUUAAAUGAUUCUUGCUUUUGAUAGUGUAUUAUUGCAACUUUCCGUAGAAGGUCAGUGGUCCAGUCAGACCACCAAUAAUGUUACGCAUGAAAUAUUCUGAUUUGAUGAAACGGAAAAUAAAAAGAAAUUGAAAUACUAUUAUCAGUGCAUUCAUUUUUGACACAGCUUCAAUUUGCUUCAUUCCUCUCUAUUGUCUCGCUGUGUAAACUCAUUUAAUAAAAUUAAGGUAACUUGGAGUGGAACGACCAAAUUGAGGAAUUAUGAAUUCAACAAUUUAUUGACCUUGUUACCUAUACUAUCGAAAUGGAUUGCAAUCUCUGAAAAAAGCGUCUUUAAGCUUUUGCUUAGGCCUAGAACCAGUAAAACCCUGUAAAAGGAUGCAAGUGUUGCCCCCUCCCCCCCCCCAUUAAACUUUUUCCAAUCCUUGAAAUGCUGGAAUGGUGUGAGGGCAUUACUGCAAUGCCCUCUCUACACUGUAUUUUAAUGUAAAUAUGUACAAGUGCUUACCCUUCAAUUUGGAAUCUAAAAUUUCCUAGAAAUAGGUAUUUUUCAUAUUUUGAUUGGUUCUCUUUACUUUUUAGACUGUCUUACUUUGAUACGUUGUGCUUAAGUAUAGCCUGUGAUCAUCGACUUCACCCAAGGACGUAAAUCAUAAGUGUUACUGUAUAGGUAAUGUUAAAUAUUUUUAAGAAUCGAUUUGACUUUAAAAAAUUACACUUCACGUUUCUAAU